GACUGGUGCUCGCUCAUUUGAUCUUCUUCUUGGAUCUCAACUGGUUGCUUAUUCUUUUCACAAUUCACGAAUCAUCUUUAUCUUAAUUAAAUUUCGUAGCAGAAGUCAUCAAAGAUGGAUGGCUCAAUGGUCAAUAAUACCUCCGCGAAGCAUCAAAAAUCAAAUGAAGUGUAGGUUCCUCCUGGAUGUUUUCCAGCGAAGAUCAAUCUCUGCUGAUCUGGAGAAUCAGACCAGGUUACGUAAUUGCCCCGCUUCACAGUAUAUAAGAGACCUUGUUCUUUAUACUCAAAUUCAUUAGUUUGUGGAGAAAAGCAAAAGGAAAAAAAAAUCGCCAUCAUCAAUCCAUGUCGUCUUCGAGACUCCCAGGAGAUAUCAUGGUUGAUAUUCUUACGAGGUUACCAGUGAAAUCCAUUUUGAGAUUUAAGUGCGUGUGCAAAUCAUGGUGUCAGCUAUUCGAUGACAUAAAGUUCUGCAAAAGGCACUAUGAUGCCCAGAAGAAAAGCAAUAAUCCGAUUAAGAUUCUUGCUUGCAAGGGAAACGUCCUGUAUUCCAUAGAUGCUUAUAACUCAAUACUAUCUGGGGCUGUUGAGAUUGGCGAUUACCCGUUCUACAACAAAAACAAGUAUGAUAAAAAGUAUGAGUCUGCCCUCGGUAUUGUGGGUUCUUGUAAUGGCUUAGUUUGCAUACGUCCAACGCUAGAUCUAUUUUGCUUUUGGAAUCCGUCUACUAAGCAACACAAGAUUGUACACAAGGUACAACUGCUUGAUGAAAACCAAACGCCACUCUCCUGGUGUAUGUAUGGAUUCGGUUAUGACCUCAAGACUCAGGAUUACAAGUUGGUGAGAUUUGAAAGCUUUUAUGAUAUAACUCGUGCCACUCAAACCAAGGUCUAUUCAUUAGCAUCAAAUUCGUGGAGUACUGCUCUGCAUAACAUCCCUUAUACAAUCCCUUGCCGAGCAGAGCAAAGACCAUUGUACUUCAACGGAGCUCUUCACUGGUUAACAGACGACUCCAAAGUUUUACUUUCUUUUGAUCUUGGAGACGAGACAAUUCGUGAAGUUCCGGGGCCAUUAUUCAAUAACAACAGCUAUCGCAAAUAUGUGGACGUGUUGGGAGGGUGUCUUUGCAUCACAUGUAUCAUCCCGAGGGAUCGCGGCGAUGUAUGGGUUAUGAAGGAGUAUGGAGUGACAGAAUCUUGGUCUAAAGUAUUCACCAUUCCUCAACGAGCAAUAAAUUUUUCCCACUUCAGGCCGAUGGAGUAUGUACGAAAUCGAGAACAAAUUCUGCUAAGUGUUCGAUUAAAAAAUACAAAUAUCAGCAAUGUCUUAGUUUGCUAUAACCCAAAGCGCAAAAGGGCAGAAAUUCUAAAGAUCCAUGAGAGUACUGAUCCCGAAUGGUUGUUUGCCUAUACUUAUGAGGAGAGUUUAUUCUCUGCACGCCAUAAGCAGAACUCAGGUGGUAUUUUCCAUUUUUUGGAGGACGACCAAGUCGAACAAGAAGAAGCGUUGAUGUCAAAACAUGAUCACAAGAGAAGAAAGAUUGCAAGUUGAAGAGUUCCAAUAUAUGAAGAUCAUGAUCAAGGUUCUUUAUGCAAUUUUGAUUUAUGUCCUCUGUAGGAUUCCUGAACCUCCAGGUGUUACAAAUGGUGUUGAACUGUGGAUCGACGACUGUGAGUUGAGAAAAUGUUACAUAGAGGAGCAGUGCUAUGACUACUGCAUAUUCGUCCAGUAAUGGAGGCCGUUGAAGAGUUCAAGACAGAGAUCCACAGUUAUACAUUCUUAGAUUUUUCUUAAUAAAUGAUAUUUAUAAGUUUGUACCUGGGGUCUAAUUUGUAAUGGAAAAAUGAAACAUUUUUUUUUUAAAUUUUUCUAUUC